AUGUGUUAUGAACGGUUGGACGACAUGUCAGAUCAUAUAUUCACGCUAAACCACUACUACAUGGACACAAUUAAUGCGGUUAAGCGUAAGUGGGAGGAGGAAACAACACCCAAUAAACGAUUGGCUAAUCAAUCGUUGGUGGCUGUAACUACACCAAGUAGAAUUAGGGUUGAUGAUCUCACUUUCAUUCCGUUUACCGAUGUAUCGAAUGAGAAACAAGCGGCACUCGACAUUCAAAUAGCACUGUAUUCUUAUUGUAAAGCUGUUCAAAAACGUGUCGUCGAUCGCGUAGCUCAAUUGUGUUAUCAUUGGUUUAUUAUUAAAUGUGUAUUACUUGUGCAUAUAAAAUUGAGUAACAAAUUUACAUCCGCCGAAUUAUUUUCUCUUAUGGUUGAAUCGGAGGGACUGACACGAAAACGAAAUGAAUUGAGAGCAAAUAUUAAAGCCUAUAAAGAAGCAUUAGCCAGAGUACAGCAAAUUGUUUAA